GUUCUUGACCCUCUCGACUUCGAGUCGCACCCGUUGCAGGCUAUCGGAAUUGUGGUGCAGACGGGGACCGCGACGACCAAGGGGGAGAUGAUUCGGAAGAUUCUGUACCCGACCCCGGUGCAGUACAAGUUCAACGAGCAGUUCACCCUGUUUCUCUUCCUCGCCGUCGCGAUCUAUGCGG